AUGAUGUAUCGAUGCGUCAUACUGUUUGCUAAUGUCUUUCUGUGUGGUCGUCCUCUAGCCGGUCGAUCACGCCAUGGGUCAGCAUGGGUGAAGGUUGGACUAGCUGUGAGGAUCGCCCAAGAUUGCGGGCUCAUGCUGGAGAAUGCCACAUACCUUCCCUACGCGGAGCAGGAGGAAAGACGCCGCGUCUUCUGGUCUGUCUACCUCUUGGAUCGCAUGGUCUCCUGUGGUCGUGGCCGGCCACCGGCCAUAGUGGAUGCAUCGUGCCAUCUCCAGCUGCCUUCCGAUGAACCAAUAUGGAGAAGCGGGCUGUGGACCAAGACUCAAUCGCUAGAUGAAAUGGCGAAUCGCACGCUGCCAGUAACUCAGAGGCAGGGUGCGUUUGCCCGAGUCAUAGCCAUUGCGCAGAUCUUGGGUCGGAGUGCCCAGUCCAUGCUGCAGGACUCCAACAUUCGAAGUCUGCAUCCCCCGUGGGACCCAAGCUCCGAAUUUGCCGCUAUGGAGUCGGACCUGCUGCACUUUGAGGCAUAUCUCGAGAUCCAGCUCCCCGUGAAAGAUGUAGUGGCUCCGCAUAUUUCGGCUGAGGGGGUCGUGGAUCCGCAAUCCACGGGCCCAAUCAUCUUUUCCCAAGCCCUAUUUCACCUCUGUUACUGUUUGCUCAACCACCCUUUCCUACUACGGCGACGUAUCGACACUUGCCGGAAUUUAGCCCCCAUGAGCUUCAUGAAACGAUCUUCCGAUUUGGCUUGGCACCACGCGCAGCAGAUGAUGGCAUUAAUACGCGAAGCACGCAAGUGUGGUUGCUCGUUUCACUCCUCGUCCAGCGGAUACGCUGUCACCGUGGCGGGCUCCAUCAUAGCACUGCGCACGUACGAUUCGGAUGCGCAAGUUUUUGAGAAAGCCCAAGUCUUGCUCGACGAGGCCCUAUUAUAUCUAGACACUGUUGGUCAGCACUGGAGUAAUGUGAUCACAAUGGCUUCAGUGCUUCGAUCGAUGAUCUACGAUGGAUUUUUAGGCAGUAGCCUACUUGAUUUGACCCAACCAUCGAAGCUUACCCAGGUGGGGGAAGAGACGCUCUGGGCGGUGGUUGACUACAAUACCAUGUCCGAUCAAGAUGCAGACGACACGAUCAUGGAUGAACAAACGACCGACGGGGCCUUACUCAGCUCGUGGGUAGAGCUGUUUGGCGGUGUCGAUUAUUCUUCAUUUCCUGCCAUGGGCACGAUUAACCAACAUUGA